AUGGCUUCGGACCCCUUGUCGCCAGGGGCAUCAACUCCCCAGACACCUACAGAAAAGCCGUCCACUCCCCCCGUCAACAUCCUCUCCUCGCCGAUAUCCCGCGUGUACUCGAUCAUCCACCCAGCACUUCUCCUGGCCUUGGGCGCGACUCAAUUCGAGAGCGUGGUCGCAAAUCCGACCAAAGGACUGCUGAGCACUCUGCCAUGGCUCACCCUUGUUCAGAUACUCUAUGUGAUCAUUUGCCUUCCCCCCGCCGGAUCAACAGAGACCACCGCGCCCGCCGAUGGCAAGUCGAGCUCCCGGUCACCUGGGCCCGCUUCGCGCCAUGGAAAGCACGGCAAGCGCAAGCAGCACGUCAAUAGCUGGACGUGCAUCUGGUCUCGACUACUGCCCGCUUUGCUUGCCCUCGCUCUGACAUUCGUGCUCGCUACCCCGGUCCUGGCAGCACUCCUCGUCCUCUUCGGCGCUCCUCUCACCACCCAUAAUGCCGAGACUAUUCUCGGUGCGGCCCAUAUGGCCGUCCUGUCUGCUACCGCGCUGAUCUACACGCAUGGCCUGGACCGAUCUGUCUGGAACGAAGUCUGGGGCAUUGCUCGUCCCGCCGAUGCGGUUUGGGGUAGUGCGUUGGGUACAGGUCUCGGCGCGUGGUUCGGCGCCAUCCCCAUUCCUCUCGAUUGGGAUCGCCCUUGGCAGGCAUUCCCCAUCACGAUCCUCACUGGGGCGUACAUUGGCUAUGCUCUUGGAUCUUUUGCUGCUCGCACACCAAUUCUCUUUGGCAAGCGUAUCGUCUUCGCGGUGGAGGAAGUCGACGAUGCCGAGAAGAAGUCUAACUAA